UUCAUUUUGCUUAUACUGGGAAAAUUCAUGGUGUACAAGUGAUGUCUGUUAAUGAGAUAUCUGAGAUCUGUAGUGCUGCUCUUAUUCUUGGUGCGACUCCUUUGCUUAAUUAUUUAACCCGUGAACGACCAGACUACUCAUUCAGUAAAGUUCCAAAAGUUGAACCAAAAACACUUCUAAGCUCAAAUAUUAAAACUGAUUCCGUUAUUGACAACCUUCAUCAUGAGUGUACGAUAGAUCCCAAUUCACCAUCUCUUAUAAUGGAUUGUGUGAGCGAGGAUUUCAUAUCAGUUGAUAUUUCUGCACCUACAAAAGCACAAAAUGAAAAUCAAAGCCAUCAAGUUUCACACUUCGAAUAAUAAUAGAAUGAAUGGUUAAAUGUAUUCUGUAUAUUACCCGUUCACUGGAUAUUUUAGAUUGUCUUGCACUGCCUGUUUUAACUCACGUUUUUAUUCUUAAUUUUAGACUUGUUUUUGUUAACAACCCUAUAUUUUUAAAUGUUGUUUUCUGAAAACUAGUAAAGUUAAAUAGGAGCAUGGAAUUAAAUGGUAAAUCCGAUACCAAUAAUAAAAAUGAAAAUGAAAACGGAACAACAGUUCGUGAGCGUGCCAACACUGGAGGUGCAUAUGCUCAUCUUAGCAAUCUAACUGAAGAUACAUUCACCGUGGAAGAAGCUGUUGAAGCAAUUGGUUUUGGUCGCUUUCAAUGGAUUUUAUCAAUGCUGACUGGUUGUGCAUGGAUGGCUGAUGCUAUGGAAUUAAUGAUUCUUAGCAUUAUUUCUCCUCAACUUAAAUGUGAAUGGCGAUUAUAUUCAUAUGAAGAAGCUCUUAUUACCACAGUGGUAUUUGUUGGUAUGAUGUUAAGUUCGUCGAUGUGGGGAAACAUUUGUGAUAGAUAUGGAAGAAAAUUGGGUUUAGUGCUGUGUGUUGUGUGGACUUUCUUUUACGGAUUUAUGAGCUCGUUCUCUCCAAACUUUGCGUGGAUUUUAAUUCUUCGAGGAUUGGUCGGCUUCGGUGUGGGGGGUGUUCCACAAUCGGUAACUCUUUAUUCAGAAUUUCUUCCUGUCAAGUCAAGAGCUGCUUGUAUUAUGCUGAUUGAUAUUUUCUGGGCUGUUGGGACAUGUUUCGAAGUAGCACUUGCUCUAAUUGUGAUGCCAAGAUUAGGCUGGCGUUGGUUGCUUGGACUCAGUUCAUUACCUCUGUUAUUAUUCUCACUGGCAUGCAAGUGGAUUCCUGAAAGUCCCCGUUAUAAUGUUUUGUCUGGAAAUCCUGAUAAAGCUUACGAUACUUUGAAGAGAAUAUCAAUUACCAACAAAACUGCCAUGCCACUGGGGAAGCUUGUGUGUAUGCGACAGGAAAAACGAGGAAGAUUGCAAGAUUUGUUUGAAACAAAAGAACUUGGAAAAACAACUAUUAUGCUGUGGAUAAUAUGGUUCAACUGUGCAUUUGCGUACUAUGGCCUUGUAUUGUUAACCACAGAGUUAUUUCAAGUACAGGAAUCUGGUGAACACUGCUUCAAUUCAAUAAAUUCAACUUCUGAUUGUAACAUGCAAUGUCGAACUUUAAAAACUAAAGAUUAUGUGGAUUUGCUUUGGACAACAUUGGCUGAAUUUCCAGGAGUUCUAAUUACCUUGGCAAUAAUUGAAUAUAUUGGGCGGAAAAAAACGAUUGCAAUUGAUCUGGCUGGAUUUACAUUGUUUUCAUUCCUACUUAUCCUGUGUACCUCCAGGCCAGUGAUGAUAUUUUUUCUGUUUGUUGCAAGAGCAUUUAUAUCCGGAGCUUUCCAAGCUGCGUAUGUUUACACACCUGAGGUCUACCCAACAAAUAUAAGAGCCAUUGGUCUUGGUUCAUGCAGUGGGAUGGCUCGUGUUGGUGCAAUUAUUACUCCCUUCAUUGCACAGGUGAUGUUACGACAUUCGAAACCACUCACAGUAUCAAUAUACGCUGUGGUUAGUUUAUUAGCUGCUGUUUGCUGCCUCUUAUUACCAAUAGAAACAAAGGGAAGGUCUAUGCAGGAAUCCACAUCAAACAAAACAAGCCACGAAUCAACUGACCAGUGACAAUUCUAAUGAUUCAUUCAACUAGUAUAACUUAUCUAUAUUAAAAAGUAAACAGUCCGUUUUAAUUAAUUUACACAUGUUUAUAAUAUGUACACUUGUUCUGUUUAUAUCAUAUUCUAUCAUGCAGUUGUUACACAAAAUGUAUUGUUUUAUUCUUAAACAAUUUGCACACAACAAUGAAGUCAUUUCAAACAAAUUUUACCUAAGAAACCAUCAUUAUCAUUAUGUUUUAUAACAUAAUAUAUUUAUUGUUGUUCUUAGUAAACGUACUUAUUGUGUUAGUAGAAUGUGUGUGCAAUAAAAAAAUACAAAUGUA